UUAUUGAGAUCGAGUCUCAAGUUGUGUUGUUGUCGCGCGGCGCGCAGCUCGCGGUGAUAACGCGAUGCCACGGCGACCUGCGCACGCGCACCACACGUCGCUCCGCAGCUUUAAGCUCUCGCGCCCUCGCCGACACCACCCCUAGUGUUGGAAUGGAUUUACAAGUGAUAGUGCUCACUGAAAAAAAAACAUUGAAUGAUUAGUACUGUGUAUACGAUAUUUGGAAUUGAACAAAGUGUACGAAGGAAAGUGAAACUGAUUUUGUGCAAAAAUUCUAAUACAGUAAAGGGAUAAUUUAAUUAAACUUUUCAAUUAAAGUGUAAAAAAAGAAAACUGAAAAACGUAACUGGUUGUUGUAAGGAAAUUUCCGAUAAAAACAGCGUACAAAAACCGCCGCCAAACUGUCUACCGCAAAUGAGAUUAUUCCCAAUUACCACGUCCAAGCGCUAAUAGGUCGGUGGCGCACGAGCCCGAUGAGCGCGUGCGCGGCGGCCGCCAUGCGCGAAAAACACGCGGCGCCGCGCCGCCUCGCCUCCCCGCCCUCCUCGCCGCACGACACGCACCCCAGCCCCCUCGGGUCCCCGCGCGCAGACGAGCCGCUCGACCUGAGAGUCACCCACAAGCGGCCGCAGCGGCUAGAGGACGAGAACUGCAACCUGAUCGUGCCCUCGCCACCACCUCACCCGACGCAUCCGGCCCACCCCGCGCACCCGGCGCUGCUACAAUUCUGUCGGCGACUGCCGCUAGCUUUACCAGCCUCCUUCGGCCGAUACCCUUUCCUCCCGGCUGCUGCGGCGACUCUCCUAGCCCCGGGGGCUCCGCGGCCGCCGCCCGUGCCGCCGAACCCCGGAGUCAACAGAGCCCGCGAUCGGUACACAUGCUCGUACUGUGGCAAGGCGUUCCCGCGGAGUGCAAAUCUAACCAGACAUUUAAGGACGCACACGGGCGAACAGCCCUAUCGCUGUAAAUACUGUGAACGUUCCUUCUCCAUUUCGUCAAACCUUCAGCGACACGUAAGAAACAUUCAUAAUAAAGAGCGACCAUUCCGAUGUCGUCACUGCGACCGUUGCUUCGGGCAGCAGACUAACCUAGAUAGGCAUCUGAAGAAGCACGAGGCGGAAAACGGAGAUGACGGCCGUCGAAGAUCGCCGGAGGAGACGUAUUUCGAGGAGAUAAGAUCGUUCAUGGGACGUGUGGCUCCGGCGCGCCGCGCAGCAGCGGCGGCUGCCACCGGCCUCGACCACACCUGAUAGUGGCCGACGUCAAACUAAUUCGCCGUUACAAUUAUCUGGUCGAAGCAUCCAAAUGACUCUCGUGUAUAAAUAUAACGGUACCUUUUACUAUGUAUGACAUUCUCGAUCGGUAUGACACGCCAAUGAAACUAUCAUGCUAUCUAGUUAUACCUAUUCCUUUUUUGUAUUAUAUUAAAAAAUUCUGUAUAUAUUUCUUAAUUGUUACCGAGUCCACUAGAUUUACCUCUGAUUCUUGGCGUAAUCUAGUGUUAGGGUGUACGUGCCGCCGUGUCGAACGGUAGCUUGUAUUAACGAAGUGAUAACGUGUCGUGUACGUAAUGUAAAUAUAAGAUUGUGCAAAUUAGUUUAGUUCCGUACCGAAUUUUUCACUACCGAUAGAAGUUAUUAGAAUAACGGAUAAUAUUCCUUGUGAAACUUUGACAUAUGUGUCAAAAUACGCUAAGUGUUCUGAGAGUGUUCGCUACUUUAGAUUUACAAUUUAUUAUUAUUGUAUGAAUGUAAGUUGUCUUGUACUAUUUUUGUAUAAAAUUUGCUUUUUCGAUGUAAAAUAUUUAGUAACUUAGUCUGAAAGGAAUCGCCGGUUACCAAUAAAUAUGUUUAAUUUGUUGCUUAUUGAUGAUAUUAUGAAUAUAUUUUAAUGAAAUGUUAGACAAUUUGUUUAAAAAUGAUUGGAUAUCUUUAAAGAUUAUUAUAGAGUGUGUUUCGUAAAUUAUUUAGUUUUAUUGCUUCAUAACGCAUACGAGAACGCGAGGAAAUCCAACUCGCAAUUGUUAAGUUUCCAAAUAUUACGAAAAACAUAUAUGUAUAUAAAAGUUUUGAGAUUUUAAAUAAGAUUAUAUAAAAUUUAUGAACACCAAGUUCUAAAAAGAUAUUAAAAAUUGAAGCUCUAAAUUAAGUUACAUAUAUCUGUGAUUUUAUUUAUUACUUGGCUGCAAUUAAAAUCCAUAACAAUCUGUUAAGCCUAAAAAUCUUACAAAGAACUACACUAAACGUUCCUUUAGGAAUAGAUAGAUCUCUGGUAGUGUUGCUACGAGUAUACUAUUAAGUCAUGGAUUCAACCACUGAUCAUACUUUGUACUAUUGAGAAAAAGAUUGUAUUACAAAAUCUAAUUUAGCUACUAUAACACAUCUUAUUUAACUUUUUAAUAAAGAUAAGUUGCCAAAAUUUUUAGAUUUCAUUAUCCUACUAUCUUCAGUAAUACUGUGUCAUAUUACAAUACUUUAGAUAAAAACUUAUCAAACCAAUGAACAUACGGCCAAAUAUUGAAACAAAACAAAACACCAGUUGUCAAAAUUUUAAUGGAAUUUGAAGUUAAAAAAGCGUGAUGCUGUCAUUUAGAACUCUGUUAUAGAUUUAAAUAUCGUUCCAGUAUUCGGCCGAGACUUUAUGUGUGAGUUAAUAAAAUUUUGUUUAACCAGCAACGAAUUUUCCAUGACUUUACCUUAUACUCGUAACAAAUAAUACUAUGAAAUGUUUAAGAGAUGCUAUUUAACUUAUCACUAGAUUUAAAUGAAGAUAGAGAUUAUUAUUACCUUGUCGUUUUGUACUUUUGAUACCUAUUAGUUGUUCAAAGGUCACCGAUUACCUU